AAGCGCCCAGCACUCCACAGUCCCCGCCUCGGGAGCCUGCACUCUCCAUCCUUCAGUCCCCAGUCCGCAGUCCCCAGCCUGCAGCCUCUCGCAGCCGCAGCCGUCAUGCCGAAACAUGAGUUCUCUGUGGACAUGACCUGCGAGGGCUGUUCUAAUGCAGUCACCCGAGUCCUCAACAAGCUGGGUGGGGUCCAGUUUGACAUCGACCUGCCCAACAAGAAAGUGUGCAUCGAUUCAGAGCAUAGUGUGGAAACACUGCUGGAGACACUGAAGAAAACGGGAAAGGCCACCACCUACCUUGGGACCAAGUAGCAGGAAGCUCCACCCUCUGGCCAGCAGGAUGAGCCAAUGGGGGCAGGAGCCCGAAUGACAGGCUCCCCAGGAUCCAUCCGCUCCCAUUCUGGCCAGAUAUGGGAAGGAGGGGAGACCUGGGAGUGGAAAGGAAAGAGAGGAAAGAGCGCAUCAAUGACUGGGAGCCCGCAGUGUUCCGGGAGAGCCCUUCGGCUCACCAUCCCUCUUUCUUUGCCACCCUCUAAUAAAAUGGAGCUGGUUUUUGCUGGAAAA